GUGUACUGUCGUGUGAGACCUCUCGGAGUGGAGGAUGAGGAGUGUUGUAUUGAAGUGAUCAGCAACACCACCAUCCAGUUACAUGCUCCUGAUGGACUCAAAGCCAACAGGAACGGAGAGUUCAAGGAGGUAUGUGUCUGGCUGUGAAACCUCUGUGUGACAUGUAUUUGUGAAAUCUUAGCAAUUUCCUCUGCUGCUGCUGAAGACAAAAAAACAGUGAAAAGCAUGAGUUGACACACACCCCAAAAAUGUUGGAGUGCUGAUUAACCCUUUACACUCGUACCCAUAUACGGGUUGUAAGUGGCAGAUUUGGGCACUGAUAAAUGCUAAAAUUGGAAUGCAGUGGCUGUACAGUAACAUGCUAUACAUGACGACAGAGCUCUGGCUCUGCGCUUCACAGCGCUGUCACUUUAAUAAUGUUUACAUACUACUUUACUCAGCUCAUAUGUAUAUAGUGUAUUCUAUUUACUGUAUUUUAGUCAAUGCCACUCAGACAUUGCGCAUCCUAAUAUUUAUAUAUUUCUUAAUUUCCAUUCUUUUACUUUCAGAUUUGUGAAUUGUUAGAUACUACUGCACUGUUGGAGCUAGAAACACAAGCAUUUUGCUACACUCGCAAUAACACCUGCUAAAUAUGUGUGUGUGACCAAUACGAUUUGAUUUGUAUGGGUUUUGUCUGACAGCCGUCCCAUCCCUCCCUCUAAUGUGGCAACUUUUGCUAAUGUUUUGUUGUCUGAGUGAGGGGAAAUGUUGUAAAUUUAAGAAGCCUCGAUGUAUUUUGAAAGAUGAGACGUUGAGGAAUAUAAUAAAUACUGCUUUGAUGUCAUAAAAGUGAGCCAAACACCCGCCCGCAGCACAUGCACCUGAAUGCACUCAUGACUCCUUUCUAUGGACACCAAAAUUAUGAUCGGUGUCCCUGAAUUGCCUUGUGAAAGACUAACACUGGAAGAUCAUAUUUUAUAAUUUAUCUAGUCAUAUUGGUAAUAUAACAUGCUUUCAAAUGAUGCCCACCUGACCCAGAUUGCGAUUUAUAACGGACCGUUUUUGGAUUGCGUAAACAACAACAGUAAUUUUGUGGCGAUGGAGAUGCAGGGCUGCGUUCCAAACUAAACUACAAGUGUGCUUGUUCUGGUUCCUCAACGGAGAGCUAAGUUGAAGACUCUUCUUUCAGUCAUAAACGUGCAUUGAAAUGACUUAGGAACUGUGCACACUUUGGAGAGGUGUGUGGCCACUUGGAGACCAGUUAGUCCUCUCACUCAAACCCUUGUUAUUUAUUUGUCUUAUGUGGCAUCUACCCCACAUUUUACAGGAAUAUUCUGAUCAUGUUACUGAAUGUAUCCAGAGUAUUUUCAGAUUUCGUUAUCAACCAAUGUGGCGUAAAGUACAGUAAAUGUAAAAUUCACGUAAAAUCAACAGUAAUGUUUGGAUUCAGUCUUGUCAGCUGAACUGCUUGAAUAAUUUAAAAAAUAAUUCUAACAUUUAUUGACUCAGUGUGUAUACUUAUGUAAAUGAGAUUUCAGUAUUUUAAUAAAUAAAUUUGCAACAUUUUCUCAAAACAUGUUUUCUCUUUGUAAUUAUGGGGUGUUGUGUGUAGAUGGGUGAGGGGGAAAACGAUUUUAGUCCAGUUUGAUUUCAGGCUGGAACACAACAAAAUGUGGAAUAAGUCAAGGGGUAUGAAUACUUUCUGAAGGCACUGUACCCUCUUUUUCAUGUGUCAUUGAAGCUGAACAAGGUGCUGGAUGUGUAUUAGGAUCAGGCGGAAGGGUUUAUUGCCAACUCUCUUAACAGCCAAAGGUUAACACCCACUUUGCUUUGACAGACGCAGUACUCCUUCCAGAAGGUGCUUGGCAUAAAGACAUCCCAGAUGGAAUUGUUUCAGGAUAUUGCCAAGCCGCUCGUUGAUGACCUCAUUCACAGUAAAAAUGGUAAGGUAAACCGGUUGAUCCCAUUUCAUCUGCCAUUCUAUUGCCAACAGCUGGUCAUCUGUGAAAACAUUGCUGCGCUCAAUAAAACUGAGUUGCCCGUAUCCAUCUCUCUUUCAUGACUUGAUUUGGACCCUGUAUUGGUAUGUUACUGGAUGUGUAUUGAUUUGGACCCUGUAUUGGUAUGUUACUGGAUGUGUAUUGAUUUGGACCCUGUAUUGGUAUGUUACUGGAUGUGUAUUGAUUUGGACCCUGUAUUGGUAUGUUACUGGAUGUGUAUUGAUUUGGACCCUGUAUUGGUAUGUUACUGGAUGUGUACUGCAUACAUCGGUUCUAGACGGGUUGGUUGUUUAGCAACAAAACCUACGCAUGCUCAACUAUGGGGCAAACAGACGGGGUUGGCUGAGAUUGUUGACAACAUGGAAACUAUAUUUCCUCUCCAAUGUUUAGAGAAAACAAAUACAUUUACACAAUGAGCACAUGUUGUCUCAAUACAUUGUUAUAGUUGUUGGUUAGCUAGAAAGCUAAUUUAAUGCCAUAUUAGCAUAGACGUGAUAUCAGUCAAAACACCUCAAAACAAGACACGGUAUCAAUAACAAGGACACAACGAGCUGAAAACUAGCCACUUACGAUUCCCCACAUGCUUGUUGUCAUUGUUGCUAGCUAUCUGACCGUUUGAGAAUCAUAACACAACACCAGCCUUCUGCCCCAUCUGAAGCGCAUCGUUUUUGUGACUUUGUCAGCUAACCGGUUUAUACACUUGGAACUAACAGGACCAACCAGGGAGGGGCUACCAGAACCUGUCCAAUAAAUAAAGCUUGUUUUCAUUUUCAGUUGCAAAAUGUUUUGCUACAGUGUGCACUAAUGUAUGUAGGACCCUGGAAUGCCUUGCCAUCCCGUGUUGAAUGUCUGUUAAUUAGGAUGUCUAUCUCUCCCCUUCUCCAGGUCUGCUGUUUACCUAUGGGGUGACAGGCAGUGGGAAGACCUUCACUAUGACUGGGUCUCCAGGACAGGGAGGACUCUUGCCCCGUUCCCUGGACAUGAUCUUCAACAGCAUCGGGCCCUACCAGGCCAAACGAUUCGUAAGAAAAAUAAGCAACUAUUGUUUCUUGGAUGUUUUCAUCUUCAAAGCUGUUCAAAAGUCAAGCUGAGUCCAUAACAACGUCCCAUCUGUUAUAAAAGGUCCUACUUGAGACUUGGUUAGAGAAAUCUCCAAGCUUGGAUCCAUAGUGCCAGUCUGUCCCAUUCCAUAUCUAAUUCCGCUGUGAUGCGCAGGUGUUGAAGACCGAUGAUAAGAAUGGUAUGGAGGUCCAGAACCAGGUGGAUGCUCUGUUGGAGCGCCAGAAGAGAGAGAACCAACCAACCACUGUCCCUAAAACACCCUCCAGGUGAGUUGUUAUAACGAGGGCGCCUGAAACUCGUCUGUUUGUCUUUAUGUGAAUGAUCCGCAAACAUAAUUUCCCCUGUGCUUAUUUAGGGGCCUAUAAAAUUGGCAAUGUGGACAGAAUCACGGAAUCCACACAUUAAAACAGAAUUUAACAAUAUUCAAAAAAUGUAUUGAACUUAGUGGGGAAUCAACUAGAUGUAUUGAAAAUUAUUUAAUUUGCCCAAGUUUAUCAUAGGACAUGAACGGAAUCCAUCAGUGAUUCGUAUUUCCUGCAACUUUCAACUAUGUAGCCGUUAGCGAUGAUGCUAAUGACAAGGAUUCUGGUAGAUGGAAGGGCUUUUUCAAAAACACGUGUGAUUUUGCAAACGAAAACCAGAAAAAACAGGGGGAAGUGGAAUCAGGCAAAAAAUAAACAGAUUUUAUAGGAAUCGACAAAUAAAAUUAAGUAGAAGUUUACAAGUAUUUAUAGCGACUAGUAUGGUGAUAAUAGAUCAUGAGUCUAGUGCAACAAUGGCCACCCACCAAAGGGGAGGUUUAGGGAUGGCGGUAGAAGUCUUUUCACCAGCAGUUGCGGGUGGUCAAUUUGCGGGCUCUACAGUGCGAGCUUGCUGUGAAUAAAUAGUCAGGCAAUAUUGUGCGAUACAUUCACAAAAUUUGAAGUAGUGUUUCAAAGUAUUUUAUGUUUGUUCGUAACGUCACAAGAAAUAUGAAACCCACCUCGCGUAGCAACAAUUUUGCACACUGAGUGAGACACUGAUAGAUUCAUUUUUGGAGGCGCUGGCAUAAAAGUUAAUCUAAUUUACUCGAACGUCAACAAAGUGAGGCUUUGUCCUCGAGUUUCUUGGCUAUUUACAUUGUUUUGUUCACAAACUCUGUUGUUUUUCAAUGUUAGUUUGAAUCUGCUGCUUCAACUGACAGCGAAGAGACGCUGUAGGUGCCGUCUACCACCAGUCACGUCCCAAAUCACACACGGACACGUGACAUGACCUCGAGUGGCCCUGUUACCAUGUUAAUCUCGCGCCCUUAAAGGGCCAGCUGAACAUUUUGUCUCGAUUAUUUUGGUUAAAAGACUCGGGUCACAAAAAUGAAAUGAAAUUGAGUAGUAUACCACAUUGCGUAAGAGAUAAUUAACGAGGGGCUAUACGUUCUAUGGAAAAUAAUGAAUGACGUGGAAGGUGUUUUCCAUGACACGCUAGUGGAGUGGAACUGACCUUCCACGGAGUUGCAUUAUUUUCCAGAGAACGCGUAGAGCCCCAAGCUGAUUAUCCCUUUUAUACCUUGUGUAGUGACUUGCUUACCAAUUGAACAUAGUCACUGCCCAAGCCUGAAGCGGGGUUGUUUUCGGACGCAUUCCAAGUUCCCAAAACCCAAACGGCAAAAACAUUCAAUGAGAUCCAGGGAUAUGGUGCAACAAAAAAUAUUUAUUUUUCUUAUCUAACAAAACAUAUUCUCCAAUCAACUUAAAGCAUAGAUUACUUGACAUGAAAAAUACAUAAUAUGGCCUGUUUGUAAGCAUCAGUUAUCAAAAGACUACAGCUCCUGUGUCUAGGUAGGACCCCCCCCCCCCCACUAAGACUUACCACAGUACAAUGAAUGGCCAGCAGGGGGAGCCAAAAACUAAGGUACACUAAUAAUAAAGGAUUAUAUCUCAAUCAGGUCAAUAUAAAUCAUAACGGUACGUACCUAAUAUUUAAUCACAUAUUUCAUACAUAUAUACACCUACAUGGAGCUCUAUGUUCUGUUUUAUACAAAUAUGUCUAAAUUGGCUCUAACACCAUGGCUAUAAUUUAACACGUUUGCUGCUAGAAAUGUGUACAGUGAUUCAGGUAGAAAGGUCAAACAUUUACUAUACCAUUAGAGGAGCGUGGUUAACCAGAACGACUUCAAUUGCUAGCAUUACCAUAGCCAGUGAGUUAUGAAACACUUACAUGAUUUUUUAUAAUAUUUUUUAUUUGGGGGUUGGUGGUAAAAGGGGGCUAGAAGGAUUACUAUCCUAUCCCAGUAUUCCUUAAAGCGUGCGGAUUUCAAUGUCUCCGGAAGGUGGGAGGACUCCGAAUGCCUAGGCAUGAGAAGGACUUGUUCCACAAUGGGGUUGCCAGAGCAGGAAUAGUUUGUGCUGGGGAACGUUGAGGGACUGAAUUCCGAUGGUAGGGGAACUUAGGCCAGGUACGUGGGGUCCAAGGCAGAGGUAGGGACCGAGUGCAGCAAGGUAGGGGGACCAGCAGGCCGAGGUGGGGGGCCAGCAGGCCAAGUAGGGGGUGCCAGCAGGCCAGGUAGGGCAGGCCAGAGGUGGACUGAAAAGGGCAAGCAAAUUUACUAGACCACUAGAGGAGUGGCCGUGGUAACACAAACAGACUUGCUAGUUUAGCUAACCAAACCAUCAGUCCUAGCUUGCCAUUAUGAAAAUAGAAUUCAGCAAUGCCAAAUAUGUUUUCAAUUCGACUUUUGCUUUCAAAAGCAGCUCAACAUAGAACAGAACGAAAGCCAUUGAAUUCUACCCUGCCGAUAUACUGUGCAUUAUAGGGAAAUAAUGCACGAUCUAGAAUGCCCUUCAAGCCAAUCAGAAACAAGUAUUCAACAAUGCCAUUGAUAUAAUUCAGAACUUUAGUUUGUGGGUCGGAACAGUUGAUGGUUCUGUUCAGAAUAGUCCGAUUGGAAAUGUAAUUUUGGUUCCAACCCUUGGUUUCAGGCAGAGGCUGGACCCAGAGUUUGCAGACAUGAUCAACCCAGAGGAGGCGUGCAGGGUGGACGAGGUGGACGAGGACAGUAGCUACAGUGUGUUUGUCUCCUACAUCGAGAUAUACAACAACUAUAUCUAUGAUCUCCUGGAGGAAGCCCCCUACGACCCCAUCAAACCCAAGUAA